CUGUGUGUGUGUGUGUGUCUGUGUGUGUGUGUGUGUGUGUGUGUGUCUGUGUGUGUGUGUGUGUGUGUGUGUGUGUGUGUGUGUGUGUGUGCGAUCAGACAGGCUUGUGGUCCCUCUGCCUGUCAGUCUGUCUCCUGGGUAAAAUCUGGGUUAAUCUCAUUAUCCUCACGUUGACAGCAGUAGUAACCCUAAACAAGUAUUCACACCCCUUGAAAAGAUUUUGGCACCCUAACAAGACCAUUUGGAGAUGGUCUCCGAUCCCAAGCUGUUCUGUUGAGGACCGGUUCUGUUGAGGAUGAUCCUUGACUUUAUUUUCUAAUCCGUGGAGGUGAGCUGGUGCUGGAAGAACUCGUUCCCUUCCAACUUCUUCAUGUUUCAGAUGUUUCUUGAACAGAGGCAGACUCAGGUGGGACACAUCUGAAACUUUCACAUCUCCUGAAGGUCCCACUGAUGAAGACUGUCUGAGUGACCGGAGUCAUCAUGAACCUCAGUGAUUUCUGUUUCACUUCAACAGUGAAUUCUUUACAGCCUGUCUCUGAUGAAGCUCCAGAGUACCAAACACCAGUUGAGGGAUCCAUCUUGCGGGUCCUGGGUCAGGACUUUUGUUCUGGUUUUUAAAGCCAUAAGUCCCAGGUCUUCUGGAGAUGUUUUAUCUCCUUUUAGUUUGGUAGGUACAGGUACUGCACCCAGGUAGACCUUGAGGAGUUCUGGAGAACUGUUGAUCCAAACCUGUCUGACAGAACUCGGGCUGCUCCUUUGUAGAUCAGCUGUGGAUGCAGUUUGUAGAACCGGUCCUGAUCCUCUGGUGGAUAAUCUGAGCCUCCUCCCCCCUCACCACACCACCUCUCACAGGUGGUGCCUGGAAGCUCCACCCCUCUGAUCCUCCUCUCUGAGCUCCUGCAGACCAGUAUCUACACACACACAACACGCACACACCUGUCCACACAUGGUCCGAUCAGGAAUGCUGGGCCUGCUUGCUGCCGGCGCCGUCUUCUUCCCAGGACUGUUCCUGGUGGCGAAGGGAGCCCUGAAACACCUCAUGGGAUGGCCUGAAGGCGAUGCUGUGGUUCUGUCCACACGUCUGGUGUCUUCUCUGCAGGCCAUCUUGGCCUCCUCAGCUGGAUGGAUCAUCACCUCGUCCUGCAUGGACGUCAUGGAGGACAGACACUGGCUGACAGAGUCCUACAUCCUGUUUGCCACGCCGUACUUUGCCUACGACGUCUUCGCCAUGUUUCUGUGUUACUGGUACAAGCUGCAGGUCAAAGGUCACGAGGAGGCGGGGCCUGAUGGCAGGUCGUUGCGAGCAGCGGUGUCGGGUUUCCUUCACAGGGAGGUGCUGAUGGUGCUGCAUCACGUCUUCAUGGUGGCCUUCUGCUUCCCUGCUUCUCUGCUGUGGCGGCAGGGAAAAGGUGAUUACUUUCAGGGAAUUUUGUUUCUGGCUGAGCUCAGCACACCUUCCGUCUGUCUGGGAAAAGUCCUGAUCCAGUACCAGAAGCAGAACUCUGUGCUGCACAAAGUGAACGGCGUCUUCAUGCUGCUCAGCUUCUUCAGCUGCAGGGUGCUGCUCUUCCCUUACUUGUACUACGCCUACAGCAGGUAUGCUUCCAUCCCUCUGUACUGGGUGCCCCUGGUGGCCCCCUGGCAGUGUAACCUGGGGGCCGCCUUGCUGUGGCCCCUGCAGCUCUACUGGUUCGCUCUGAUCUGCAGAGGAGCUCUUCGUCAGUCUGGACGGCGCCUGAAAGCAACCGGGUCGACCGACAGCAGCACCAGGAAGCUGACGGGUGGACGCUGAAGGAGAAGGAGAAAGGCCAGGAGGAGAAGGAGGAGUAGGAAGGCCAGGGGAAAGAGGAUGAGGAGAUGAAAAUGCUCACCAGUCUGAGCGCUGAGGAGCAGAAAAUGCAUGAGAAUCAUCUGAGGGACACUUUCAUUCUCACUGAGAAUAAAACGGUGUCGGAUCAGCAGAUGAACUCCUAACAAGUCAGGUUUGAUGGUUCCUAAGGUGGACCAGCUGGAGACAACCACACAUGUCCAUAAAUAGCUGCUAAAGUUGCUCCUAACUGUGGAACGAUGGCAGCUUUGGUUCAGCUGGAGGACAUCACCAAUGGAAGAGGUCAGAGAUCCUCCUGACCUGCUGGGACAUGAUGAUGCAUGGCUCAUCAGCUGGAUCAGAUUGUCCAGGACAAUGUGCAGAUGUGUCUCACUGAUGCAACGAUGGCCUCCUCAGCUCAUAAUUCCUUUAUACUAUAAUAAUCAUUAUAAUCAUUAUUCUAAUUCUAAUAGUUGGGAACAAGCCUCCAUCAGGCUCCUGUGUGAUGGAGGCUUCUAGGUCAUUAUUGAUGGUUUCUUCACAUAGUGUGUGUGGUGACAUGUCUACACACAGUUUCUACAUCUGAACCUCUUGUGGGCUGCAGGUUUCAGAAUAUUUUCCUACCUCCAACCUUUAGUCUUUAGUACAUGAGACCCCAGGUUGGCAGGAGCUUCUCGUUAUCUUUUCUCUCCAGCUGCUCCCAGAUUGUUCAGCUGCAGAAGGUUUUAAAAAACCAUGUUCUUCCAUGUUUAAGCAGAACAUCUAAGCCUUCAGCUCAUAAAAGUUAUUAUUGAGAAGAUCCAGAUGUUCUAAUUCUUCUGGAGAAACCAACAACAUUUGUAAUCCAUGACUUGAUUUUUCAUGGGAGGAUUGUGUGCAUGUUUUUGACAGAACCUUCAUCUCCACAUUUUUAAUCAGAGGAGGAACGGCAGAAGAACCAGGAAUCGUCUUCUCCAGUAAUCUGGGUUUGAAGGACACUGGACCUUAUCUGAUUAUCAGUUUCUGCAGCGGUUCUAUAUCAGGUUGUCUACAGACCACCCAGAUAGGGAACUGCUAUAAUCACACCAAAUAUCCCAGAAUCCUUCUUUCAAUUUAAACUUCAACAACCAAUCAGAUCAUCUGGAUCUUUAAUGUUGUUAAAUCUGGUGAGUUUGUUGACCUCCUAAUACCAGAGGCCACGUCUUAGAUCUGGUUCUGACCCAUGGUUUAUCUGUUAACAUCUCUUCCAUCUCAGAUGUUGGCUUCUCAGAUCAUUACUAUUCAUUCUAAAGUCCAAGAAGUCCUGAAAUAUGUUCUGGUAACCCAAUCGGGCCCUUUUUUUCUUUCUGCUCUCGUUGGAGGAGGACGCUUUUUCUCUGUCUCCUGCACUCCUCCCAUAUCUGCCCUGCUUCAGCUCUGUGUCUUGUCUUUGGAGCCUCUUUUUGCAUAUCUUCCAA